CCAAUACACUUAUAAAUACGCCAAAACCCUAGUGUCGAGCUUUCGAGGUCUUUGGCUUUCUGUGAUUUCGCGCGACUCGCUUACCUUCGCUCCACUCAUCCUGCAAGCCCUCCUCCAUCACAAUGUCUCUGAUUGCAAACGAAGAUUUCCAACAUAUUCUCCGUGUUCUGAACACCAAUGUCGACGGAAAGCAGAAGAUCAUGUUCGCCAUGACCUCCAUCAAAGGUAUUGGGAGACGAUUCGCCAACAUCGUCUGCAAGAAGGCCGACGUCGACAUGAACAAGAGGGCUGGUGAAUUAACCGCGCAGGAGCUGGAGAACCUCAUGGUGAUUGUCGCCAACCCUAGACAGUUCAAAAUCCCGGACUGGUUUUUGAACAGGAAGAAGGAUUACAAGGAUGGGAGGUAUUCACAGGUUGUGUCUAACGCAUUGGAUAUGAAGUUGAGAGAUGAUUUGGAACGAUUGAAGAAGAUCAGGAACCAUCGUGGUCUGAGGCACUACUGGGGCCUCCGUGUCCGUGGUCAGCACACCAAGACUACAGGUCGUAGGGGGAAGACUGUUGGUGUCUCUAAGAAGCGUUAAGCUUCUGUCUUAGAUUUUUGAAUUUCUAGAUUAUCAGGUGAGUGUUCUGUUACAAAAUUUUGAAGCUGAGACUUUAUGGACGUGGUUUUUAAAAUUUCUUUUGGAGCAAUGUAUGGAUGCUAAAUUGAGUAUUAGAUAUUAUAUGAUGUGGAUUGCUAAUCAAAUCUUGUUAAG